AUGGUUCACCAACUUCCUACUAAUGAGAAAGAAUCAAAAAGGAUAUCUUCGUUAGAACAACGUGUAGAAGAAUUAGAAUAUACAUUCUUAAGAACUGCUAAUACCCUUUUAGAGGCGAGAGUCGCCGAGUUAGAAAUUUCUUUAAAAGAGUCAAAUGAGGAGCGCGAUAAAUUACGAAAAUUGUUGGCUGAAACGGAAAUUACCGAGAGAAAGGAUGUUUCCGAUUUCGAUGUCGAAAAUGUUUGUGAAAAUGUUUGCGAAAAUGAUUGUGAAGAUGUUUUUGAAGAUGUUUGUGAGGACAUUGGUUCGGGUGGAUUAGACGAUAGUUCUGAAAAUUCCAAAAUUUUAAAAAAUUUUGGUGAUAAAGAAUUUGAACGUGUAUAUGGUCGUAUAUUAAAACUCGUUGAUAACAUGAAGUCCGAGUGUACCAAGGCUAUCCAUUCUAAAAUUCCUACUCCUUUCACACCAAUGUCUUCAAAAAUGCCUAUUCAUUCGAGAACAUCUAGCAUGUCAGCUACUUUUAUUCCUUCAAGACCCAACACACCUUCUAGUAGUAUCAAAUCAUCAAGCAUUCCUAGUAGUCCAAUAACACCACCUGCAAGGCUUCCGGCUCCAUUGAAAAUACAAAAUUUGCCAUCCCCAAGUUCCAUACCGAAUACGCCCACUUCCACUCGUUCUCCUACAACUCCCGUUAAUUCAUUAAGCAGCCCUGCAAUUCAACAAAGUUUAAGGAUGUUAUCAAGAUCAAGAACACCAAGUUUACCAAAUUUAGCAUCAAGUUUUAAUUAUGAUUCUUCAAUACCAAGUCCUCUCGGUUCACAAUCCCCCCAAUCUGGUCUUGCACAAAAAUCCACUAAUACCAGUACACUACUUAUGCAUGAUCGUGCUAAAAACAGAUAUUCUCAAAAUUAUUCCAACCUUGCUCAAUCUACAGCAUCAUCUCAAGCAAUUAAAGUAUAG